GCCACUACAUAAAAGCGUUAAGCGAGCCACGAAAUCAAUCAUUGUAAAAACGUUUACAGCGCAGGAUGGAUUAUUCUCUCAAGGUUGUCCCCGGUUCCAUAAAAUGUCCCCAAGGUCUUGGCGAAGGGGUGCAUUGGGAUGCUGAAAAAGAAGAACUUCUCUACGUGGAUUUAACUGGGCAGAAGGUUUAUCGAUAUGUGCCAGAAUCUGGGGAAUGCUAUCACCUUAAGAUUGAUGAGGCCUGGGUUCCCGUCAUUAUUCCUGUGAAAGAUGACCCCAACAAAUAUUUGGUCAGUGUUGGCAGAAGUAUUCAAAUAAUGGAGUGGGAUGGGAAAUCUGAGACGGCGGAAAGCUUCAAAACUCUGAAUACCGUUGAUAAUGAUAAUCCCACAAAUUGGCUUAAUGAUGGAAAAUGUGACGCAUCUGGAAGAUUUUGGACAGGUUCGGUUGGCCAAUACAGUUUCCAAACUGGGAAAGCUGACUUGAAAAAAGGAACUUUGUACAGCCUUGGAAAAGAUGCCAAAUUGAAGGGACAUAUUUCUGAAAUUGAUUUUUCCAACGGGUUAACUUGGUCGCCCGAUAAUCGCACGAUGUAUUACAAUGAUUCGUAUUCUGGUGUUGUAGCCGCGUUUGAUUUUGACAUUAUGGAUGGAAAAUUAAGCAAUCGCCGUUCCGUAUUUGACUUUUGUAAAGCAAACAUCUCAGGCGUUCCGGACGGUAUGACGGCAGACUCUGAUGGGAAUUUGUGGAUUGCCAUGUUUAGCGGGGACGGGCUAAUAAAAGUUGAUCCGAACACAGGCAAGCAGAUCGGAUGUGUUAAAGUUCCAACUAAACGGGCUACUUGUCCGACGUUUGGUGGAAAAAACUUGGACAUUUUAUAUAUUACUACCGCAGGUGCUUUUAUGCCGAAUGAAAACGCUUCGGAUAUUGGGGAAGAUUGUGGAGCAGUCUUUCAAGCUGAAAAUGUUGGUGCGAGAGGGAUCUCGGGAGGGAUAAGUUUUGCUGGAGUAUAAAUCUUUGAAUAAGGUAGAAUGUAUUCUAGAGAAAAUAUACUUUUAUGCAGGGGAAUUAAAGUAAUAAAAUUAAUGACAUUAUGUGCAUCACAAAUUUACUACUUAGCAAACACUUUCCAACAUUUGUAAAUUUCUCACUGAAAAGUUUUGGUGAUUAGAAAAAACUAUUAAAUCGUAAUAUGUAAAUAAAUACCUGCAAUUAUGAAGAUUUUAA